CAAGAAUCUAAAUUCCAGAAGUAUUGAUUGUUUUUAUGAUUUUAUCACUCUAUUGACCUUUUUCUCUCUCUUUGUUCUCUCUUUAGAAGUUAUGGUAUUUUUUGUCACUUUUAUUCAUUUCCAUAAGCUUUGGAUUCAUGGAUUUUGAUCAAUCCAAUAACAAUAAACCUUCUUCUUCUUCUUCUUCUUCUUCUUCAUCUUUUCAUUUUCGUUUCUUUCUCUUUGGCUUUUAUUGCUGGGAUUGGGAAUUUCUAACUGCUCUUUUACUUUUCAGUUUUUCAUCCUAAACUUUUUUCAAUUCCUUGUUACCAUAUUAAUCAUACCCCUUUUUCUUUAUUUAUUUUCCUUCUGUUCAUACAAAAACUUUAUAAGGAAAAAUAGGUGAAAGGGUAGAUCGGGAAGAAGAAAAUGUCUAAGAAGUUGGCAGCAGCACCAUUUUUGACCAAGACCUAUGAGAUGAUUGAAGAUCCUCUCACUAAUGAUGUGAUUUCCUGGGGUGAAAGUGGUAACACUUUUGUUGUAUUGAAACAACUUGAAUUUUCAAGGGAUUUGCUUCCUAAAUUUUUCAAGCAUAACAAUUUCUCAAGCUUUGUUCGUCAACUCAACACCUAUGGGUUUAGGAAGACUGUUUCGGAAAAAUGGGAAUUCGCCCAAGAGAAUUUUAAGAAAGGAGAGAUCGAGCUGCUUCCGACAAUCAAGCGUCGGAAGACCCAGUCCCCAGCAGUGGUAAGAUCUGUUGGAGUUGGCAAGAACUCACCUUCGAGCUCUGCUGCCGAAGACAUGGGGUCAACUUCAACAGGAUCAGUGGACCGAUCAGACUUAUCCAUUGAGAACAAAAGACUCAAAAUGGAUAACGAGAAGUUAACCGUUGAACUGACACUUGUAAAGAAAAAGUGCGAAGAAUUGCUUGCUUAUCUUCAGAGCAAUCUCAACAUCGGGGCUGAUGAAAUUAACCGGAUCCUUGGCAAAGGAACAGAUGGGUCCAGCCAUGAUACGGAUAAUGAUGAUGACAAUAUGGUACGUGAAUGUGGGAAGGGUUUGAAACUGUUUGGGGUUUGGCUGAAGGGAGAAGAGGGGAAAGACAAGGUGGAGAUGGACACUGCCAAGGGUAGCUGCCACAAGAGAGGGCGUGAAGACCCAAUUGAUGGUGCCAACAAUGAGUUCAAUGCCGUUGUCUAGGACAUAUGGUAAGGUUAUUGUUAUAGACUUUUUUGAGAACUUUUUAGUUUACAUUGGUCAAUGUUAAGAAGUGCAAGGAAUUAUACAAAUUUGGUGGUUGUUUAAUUGGAUAUUUUGUAGUUUUGUUUUGGUGAUACAUUUUAAAAGUGUAUGACUUUUACACAGCUAUGAUCGGAUCAAUAUUAUUGAUCUGCUUGUAGGAAUUGUUUUGUUAGUUUUUGUGGCAAUGAAGACGAUGUUUUGAAAUGGCUA